CUAGCAACGAAUAUACACAAGCUUGGAUGCCUGUUUUUCUCCAGAAGGUUUUUGGUUUAUUUACUCCUUUUUGUUUCCUGUAUUCAUCACUAUAAGGGUUUUUUUUUUCCUGUUACAGAGGUUUCAACUUUUCUUCACGCAUGCGAGGGAGAUGCAGUGACAAAGCUCACAAAUGAGAAGAUUCCUUUUUUUAAUGCUCCAAUCUAUCUUCAGAACAAGACCCAGAUAGGCAAAGUUGAUGAAAUUUUCGGCCCUAUCAAUGAAUCCUACUUCUCGAUCAAGAUGAUGGAAGGAAUUGUGGCCACCUCAUAUGCUUCUGGGGAUAAAUUUUAUAUCGAUCCAGCUAAACUUUUACCUCUCGCGAGAUUCCUCCCACAACCAAAGGGACAGUUUGCCGCUAGAGGUGGUGGCCGUGGUGGGGGCAGAGGUGGUGGCAGAGGAGGCCGUGGGGGUGGUGGCUUUCGUGGAAGGGGUGGCCCAAGAGGUGGCAGAGGCGGCCCUCCAAGAGGUGGUGGCCGUGGUGGGGGCUUUAGGGGUAGAGGAAGAUUCUAGAUUAGCAUUAUGUACUAUCAUAGUUUUUAUCAAUUUUCCAUUUGUAAUGUCGUUUUGAUAAGCCUUAGCUAGUCUUUUCUUUUACUGUAUUUUGUUUGGAAUUGAACAUCUCGAAAUUGAAUCCACUGUUUAAUUUAACUCUGCUGCUAUUUAAUUUCUUGAUAAAAA